AUGAACGCAGAAAAGCUUGCGAAACUUCAGGCCCAAGUCCGCAUUGGUGGAAAAGGUACUCCCAGGAGAAAGGUCAAGAAGAUUGUCAAAUCCUCUGGCACUGAUGACAAAAAACUUCAAGCUGCUCUCAAGAAACUCAACGUUCAGCCUGUCACUGGAAUUGAGGAAGUCAACAUGUUCAGUGGUGAAUCUUCUGUCUUGCACUUCUCUGCCCCCAAAGUUCAAGCCUCUGUUGCCUGCAACACCUUUGUGAUCAACGGUGUCGCCGAAACCAAAGACAUUACUGAUUUGAUCCCUGGAAUCCUGAACCAACUUGGCCCAGAGUCUCUCAACAGUCUUCGCAAGUUUGCUGAAAACUUCUCUGCCCAAGCUGCCGCUGCCAAGGGUGAAGAUGAUGAUGAGGUUCCCGACCUCGUUGAGAGCGAGAACUUUGAAUAA